AUGGUUGGUACGGGUUGCUCAGGCACGAAUGCCUAUCGGUACGGCACAAUGCGCGAGUGGGUGCUCUCAUUGACCGUCGUUUUGGCCGAUGGAACGGUUAUAAAGACCCGCCAGCGUCCACGCAAGUCCAGCGCCGGCUAUGACUUGACGAAACUCUUCAUCGGCAGCGAGGGUACCCUCGGCCUAAUCACCGAGGCGACUUUGAAGUUGACAGUCACGCCCGCCAGCCAGAACGUUGCCGUGGCUAGCUUCCCUAGCAUUCAGAAUGCCGCCGAGUGCGUCACUCACGUCGUCGAGGCGGGUAUUCCCGUCGCAGGCGUUGAGAUCCUUGACGAUGUGCAAAUGAAGUGCAUCAAUGCCAGUGGGUCCACCAGUCGCGAGUGGAAGGAGUCUCCUACCAUCUUCUUCCGCUUCGCCGGCACUCCCGGCGCCGUGAAGGAGCAAGUUGGUAUGGUGCAGAAGAUCGCUUCCAAGACCGCUAGCAAAUCCUUCGAGUUUGCCCGCGGCGAUGAGGAGAUGGCUGAACUGUGGAGCGCCCGUAAGGCUGCGCUGUGGAGUGUCAUGGCCAUGCGCAGAAACCCCGAUGACCAUGUCUGGACCACCGAUGUCGCAGUUCCCAUGAGCAGACUGCCCGACAUAAUCGAUGCCACCAAGGCUGAUAUGGCCAAGAGUGGCCUGUUGGCUGGUAUCUGUGGCCACGUUGGGGAUGGUAACUUCCACGCCAUUAUCCUCUUUAGUGACAAGGAGAAGGAAAUCGCCGAGGGUGUCGUCCAUCGCAUGGUCAAGCGGGCCGUGGAGAUGGAAGGCACCGUGACUGGCGAGCACGGUGUCGGCCUCGUCAAGCGCGAUUAUCUUGCCCACGAGCUGGGUGAGUCUACUGUGGACGCUAUGCGCCGGCUGAAAAUGGCCUUUGACCCUCUCCGUUUGCUCAACUGUGACAAGGUUGUCCGUACUGAGCAGCCCGCACCGGGCGAAGUCAAGGAAUGGUAA